AUGGAAAGCAUUCAUAAUCAGUAGUUAAUCGAAAAUGUAUAGCAAAGAAUAGAGAUCUCCUAAGCAUAUAUUGAUGAAAAGGAAAGUGAGGAGGCUAAAAGUUAAGAAUGGAGAUAAGAUUUGAAAAUAGGAGAUAUGGUUGAUGUUUCCCUAGAAUUGCCUGGAUUUGAAGCGUAAAAUGUAUGGGUAUAAGCAUUAAUUGUUUCAAUUACAGAUCUUACCUUUCUUGAACUAGACUUUAUUUUUGAUAUUUGGCAGGAAGAAACCUUAAUCAAUAAAUGGUCUUUGAAGGUUGCUUAAUUCUAAAGAUUUAGAGUAUAAUCUGAUACUGGAGAUUAUGAAGAUUCGCAGUUUGGAUAAUACAAAGGAUGUUGUUAUAAAUUUGAUGAAUGGAUACCAUUAAAUUCUUAAAGAAUAUAGCCUUUUCUUUCAUAAACAUUGAAAGGUUCGAAUAUGAGGAAUAAAGAAAAAUUACUAGCAUUACCUUGUUCAGCAUUUGGGACUAUCACGGAAUUAAAUUCUUUAACUGAAAAUGGAAAAUAUGUAGAUUAAGCAAAUGAAUAUAACGAGUCUCCGCUUUAUAUAGCUUGCUUAUUUGGUAGAUUUGAGGUUGUUGAAUAUUUGAUAUCAAUAAGAGCUAAUCUUAAUUAAAGAACUGAUUACGAUCUUUCACCUUUAAUGGCUGCUAUUUAAGAGGGUCAUGCAGAUAUAGUAAGACUAUUGAUUAGAAAUGGUGUUGCUGUAAAUCUGAAUACUAAAAAUGCCUAUUUUAGAGAAGAAAUAGUAUUCUAGGAUGAAAUUCUCAAACCAAUUUACGAGAAUAUAGAUUUUGAGAGAAUCAAGAAUUUAUUGAUGUAUCAUUAGUAAGAGAUAAGAGUGGAUUAAAAGAAAGGAACUUUCAAAAAUCUGAAUAAAAGUAUCUUUAGGAAAGUUAUAACUGAAUAUUUUUGA